AUGGAGCGAGACCGACGUCUUCCCGAGCAUGGAAUCCCACCAGAGCCUCCAACGGUCGACUCCGCCCACGCCGCCGCCGCCGCCGCCUUACCCUCCCCAAGGACCGACGUUGGAACGAUUCCCGGCUUCUUCGCAUCGGCGGAGCGCGCCCCGAGCACUUCCGGGAUUUUCGAGCGCGGCUCCGGCUCCUCGGGAGGAGUGGUCGAGCGCACCGGCAGCACUUCCCUUUACACCCCAAGAUGGGCACGCGGGGCGGCGGGAGCGCCCGUACCCCCUUCCGCCAUGGCCUCCGCGGCUGCCGCCGCAACAGCCGCCGCGUCAGCCUCCGCGUCUGCCGCCGCCGCCGCCGCUGCCGCAGCAGCCGUGCCUGGUUCGGACCCAACCACUCCUAGCGGCCCGUUGACGGCUCCGUUAGACGUCAGUUUUACGUCCACUAACCCUCCGACUCCGUUAGGGCUUCAGCAAGGCUUCCCGGGCUUCCGGCCGCGGGAUCCUGAGCACGACAGGCGGAAUCUAUCCAUGGAGAUGCCGGAACCCCCCCCUCGGCGGAGAACCCGCCCCGUCUCUUCCGCCAUCUACCCCCGCCCGCACCCCGUCGUUUCCCCCGGCGACGGCGCGGCACACCGCGGAAUGGGCAGCGAUUUGAGCGGAGACGCUCGGCUGUGGUCCCCGUCGCAGCAUCUCCAGCGCGGGCGCAUGCCGGAAGCCGCCUUUCCCAGUUACCGCCCGGGCGACAGCGGGAUUCUCCGCGGCGGGAGGCGGCCCGGCGGGCCCAUGUCCGGGCAGUUCCCCGGCCCGGGCAUGGGAAAGUCGGGCAUGAUUGGCCAGUCGGGGCUGAUCGGGCAGUCGGGAAUGUUUCCCCCGCCGUCGGCGAUCCCCCAGUCGGGGUCGUGGGGGGGGACUGCCCCGAACACGCCGAGCAUACCAAAAUCGAAUAUAGUGCAGAAAUCGAUGAUCAUGUGCAUGGAUCCGACGUGUAACAAAUGCCCCCCCGAGAUGCACGCGCUGCGGAACCGGAAGCUCAUGGCGGCGGCUAUUGACGAGUUCCCGCAGCCGCUGGCGUCGAAAGACGGGCGCGGCGGGGGGAGGCGGGGGAGCGACGGGGCCGGGGACGGGGGAGGCGACGGCGGAGGACGUGGCGGAGGAGGAUUGGACGAUUUUGAGUAUGAUUUCGACGAGUUUGAUUUUGAGGAUGACGAGGAGUAUGACGAGGAGACGGGCGGGAAGAGAACCAUCAUUCGCUGCUGCGGCCUGCCAUGCUUUGUCUUCACCAGCCGGGGCAAGCGCCGGUCGCCCAUGCUGGGCUUUUUUCGGUUCGUGGAAGGGUUGGUGCAACCCGUGGGCAUCCUCAACCCGCACUCCAGGUUCGUGGCGCAGUGGAACAAGUGGUUCAUGGUGACGUGCAUCUUUGGCUUCUGUAUCGACCCAUGGUUCCUCUUCACGCUGCUCACCAUGUUCUCGCCCUCCAAGGUCACCCUGUGUCUAGACAUCAACUACCCUGCAGCCAUCACCCUCACUGUGAUGCGUUCAAUCGUGGAUCUCAUGUAUCUUAUAAACAUAUUCAUACAGUUCCGCAUGGCCUAUUUCGCCCCAGCGCCCAGCAACCGCUCCUACAGGUGGAGCUGCCUGCGCUGGUGGUACGCGGAGACCUCUCAGCUGGAACCGGGGGACAUGGAGACGGACACGAGGGUGAUUGCCAUGCGCUACCUCAAGUCCUGGUUCCUCGUGGACCUCGUCUCCACCUUCCCCAUCCCCCAGAUCUUCAUCCUGGGAAUCGUCCCAGCGCUGGGCAAGAGCGUGGCCACAGCAGCCAACACGUGGAUCGCCGUCCUCACCCUCCUCGCGCUCUGCAUUCAGAACGUCCCCCGUGCCGCGCGCUUCUUCCCGCUGCUGGCGGGCACGGCGCCGCAUGUGACGGGCUUUGUGUUUGAGACCGCGUGGGCCAAUUUCCUCCUCAACCUGGUGUUCUACCUCAUGGCGUCGAAUUUCGUGGGAGGAGUGUGGUACAUCCUGGCUGUCGAUCGUUUCAGCGAGUGCCUGCAAAACGUCUGUGCCAACACCAAGGGCUGCAACCCCACCUACCUCUACUGCGCCAACACCAACGCCCCAGUCACCACCGUCGCCUCUGCGGACCUCUUCUCACCGCAAUACAGCAACACGAACGUCACCACAUGCCUGUACACCCCGGGGGACGACAAGACGACACAGUCGCCCAUCCCGUACGGGGUGUUUGCAAAUGCCAUCCCGCUCACGGCGAGCCGGGACGUGGUCUCCAACUACCUCUACUCCUUCUUCUGGGGCCUGCAGCAAGUGAGCACGCUGUGUGGAAACCUGGUGCCGUCGCGGUGGGACGUUGAGGUGCUAUUCGUUAUCGUCGUAACAAUCAUCGGUCUGCUGCUGCUGGCUCUCCUCAUCGGCAACAUCUCCAACUACCUCCAGUCGCUCAACAGAAGGUCAUUCGAAUAUCAGCUUCAGCGCCACGACAUCGACUCGUGGAUGCAGCGCAGGAACCUUCCCGUUGACCUCCAGAAGCAAGUGCAGGCGCAGCUGCGGCUGCAGUGGGCGGCGACUAGAGGCGUGGACGAGGCAGAGCUGCUGGACAGCUUCUCGGACUCCAUUCAGAUCGACCUCCGCCGCUCGCUGUGCCUCGAGCUGCUACAAUGCUCCAAGCUGUUUUGUGCCAUGGAGCCGCCAGUCCUGGACGCCUUCUGUGCGCGCCUGCAGCAGCAGAUCUACACAGCAGGUUCAAUGAUCAUACGAGAGGGCUACCCCGUGUCGCGAAUCUUCUUUGUCCUCCGCGGCGAGCUCGAGAGCUUCUCAACGUUCGGCGGGCACACGGGGAUGGUGGACACUGUGGUGCUGGGCAAGGGCGACUUCCUGGGCGAGGAGCUUCUGGUGGAAUGUCUCGAGAGGCUGUCGACUGCCAGUGGGAAGGGCUCGGGGCGAUCCCUUACCAUGAGGAGAUCCAUCUCUGCCACGCCAUCGCUCACCAGCUCUGCCAAUCUGUCCCAGCCAUCAGUAGACGUCUUGCCAACAGCGCAGCGCUCGGUGCGCUGCCUGGGGCCCGUCGAAGGGUACUCGUUAGAGGCUGCAGAUGUGGCGUCUGUGUGCAAGCAGUUUGCACGCAUGCUCUGCACCAACACCAUUCAGCGCGCCCUUAACGAAAUAUGCUACAACAGACGAACGCACGCCGCCCGCACGAUCCAGCUGGCGUUCCGGCGGUACUUGAGGCGAAAGCUCGGUCUCUCUGAAUCAACGGUUCCAUUUUUCCGGCAAUCAGCGGCUUCUGGUUGGCGGAAACUAGCCGCGUCAGCGUCGAUCGCUAUGUUCCUUCUCUCCUCCUCCCCGAUUCCCGCUCUCGCUUACGUGGCGGCGCCUCCGCGCACGCUUUCCCAAGAUGAGAUCGCGACCGUCCGAUUGUUCAAGGAGACGACGCCAUCCGUCGUGAACAUUACGAACCUCGGCGUGGGUCGCGACGCGCUGACGCUCGACGUGCUGGCGGUGCCGCAAGGGUCGGGGAGCGGGUUCAUAUGGGACGAGAUGGGACAUAUCGUGACCAACUACCACGUAAUCGCUAAUGCCGCUGACCUCAGCACAUUGCGACACAGAGUCACACUCUCAGACUCCUCAGUGCAUGCAGCAGUGGUGGUGGGGUGCGAUGAGGAUAAGGACAUGGCAGUGUUGCCGAUUGACCUCUCUCCAUUCAUUUCGGUGGUGGUGGGCUGUGAUGAGGACAAGGACGUGGCAGUUCUGCGAAUCGACGCCCCUCAGGAGUCGCUCCACCCGGUUACCAUCGGAUCGUCUUUGGGCUCGACCACACUCUCACAUCAGGCGUCAUCAGGUCAGUGUAAUGUACCUAACGAGUAUCAGAUCAGCGGCAUCGUGGAGCAGAUAAUAGAGAAUGGGAGGGUGGUGCGGCCGGUGCUGGGGAUCUCCUUUGCGCCCGAGGAGGCGGUGGAGAAGCUGGGCGUUGACGGGGUGCUCGUGCUCGAUGCCCCGCCCUCGGGGCCUGCAGGCAAAGCCGAGGCGGUGAAGUUGGGCAUCGACGGGGUGGUCGUGCUUGACGCCCCUCCCUCCGGGCCCGCAGGCAAAGCUGGUCUCCGGCCCACAUCGAGAGACAACUACGGUCGGCUGGUAUUGGGAGACAUCAUUACCGCUAUUGACAACCAUAAAGUGCGGAGCGGAACGGACCUCUAUCGGGCACUUGAUGAUUGCCAAGUGGGAGACACAAAAAUCGCCAUCUUCGUCAUCACGUUGGCAUGCCUCGCCGCAGUCGGAUUCGCGCGUCCGCCGGCGAGAGUUCGCGCCGGGCUUCAGAAGAUCGAGAAGAAUGACGUGUUCAUGGGAGUGUAUCAGGGAUCGCUCUAUGCUGAGCUGGACCACGUGGACGGCGCCGACAAGAUGUCGGACGGCUAUGCGUACAUGGCGAUCUACAAGAAGGGCGACGAUUACAACAUCCGAUACGGCGCGGAGGCCGAAUCCAAGGAGCCCGGGGAGCCCACCGCGUUCACAAUCAACAGCGCGGCCGACAACAGCCUUGUUAUCGACCUGGGCGCCGGCCAGACAUACAAGAACACCACGUACGAGCUCCGCGUGUUCAAGUUCCUGCAGAAGUUCGUCCCGUACUCGUACAGGUUCAAGGGCAAGUGGACCCCGGCCAGCAGUGUUACCGUCGCCGCUGGCCCGCUUAAGGACACCGUUGACGCCAUGAUUCAGAACCCUAAGAACUACUACGCGAUUUUCAACACGGCGACGAACCCUGCUGGUUGCGCCAAGGGCGCGUUUGAUUUCAUCCAGCCGUGGUGGAAGCGCCUAUCAGCCCGAGAAGGGCAACAGUCUACCCCUCUCGUCAAGAUGGCGUCGGUGCUGCUGCCUACGUCCGUGAAGCCUAAAAAGUAUGUGCUGCAUCUGGAGCCGAAUCUGGAGACCUUCAAGUUCAAGGGCAUCGUGACCGUAGAUUUGGACGUGGUUGAGCCGACGAAUGAGAUUCGGUUCCAUGCGCAGGAGUUGGAGCUGCAUAAGGUGGAGCUGACAACAGGGGGCAAGCUUCUUACAGCAGGAGUGGAUGGAGUGCCGGCGGUGGAGCUGGACAAGGAGAGGCAGGAAGGGAAGUUGGUGCUGGGGGAAGGGCAGACGAUGAGCACGGGGCCUGCGAAGCUCAGAAUCGAAUACACUGGCAUUCACAACGACAACAUGGUCGGCUUCUACCGUGCAUCCUACACCCAAGACAGCCAGAAGAAGUGGAUGGUAACCACGCAGUUCGAACCAGUAGGAGCGCGCCAAGCCUUGCCCUGCUGGGACGAGCCCGCUGCCAAAGCCACGUUCGAGGUGUCACUGCGCGUGCCGACCGGGUUGCAAGGCUUGUCCAACAUGGACGAGGUUGGGCGGGAGAAGCAGGCGGACGGGUCCGAGGUGGUUCGGUUCGCAGAGAGCCCGGUUAUGAGCACAUACCUGCUGGCGUUCGUGGUGGGGGAGGUGGAGUGUGUUUCUGACAAGACAAGCAAUGGCACUUUGGUGAACAUCUACACGACGCCAGGGAGGAAGGAGCAAGGAAGGUUCGCCCUGUCAGUGGCGUGCAAGGUGAUCACGUUCUUUGAGGACUACUUCGGAAUCAAGUACCCCCUGCCCAAGGCCGACCUCAUUGCCAUCCCGGACUUCGCCAUGGGAGCCAUGGAGAACUGGGGCCUCAUCACGUUCAGGGAGACGGCACUGCUGCUGGAUGAGAACAGCGCACCUGCUGCCACCAAGCAGCGUGUGGCUUACGUCAUCUCGCACGAGUUGGCCCACCAGUGGUUUGGUAACCUGGUAACCAUGCAGUGGUGGAACGACCUGUGGCUGAACGAGGGCUUCGCCACGUGGGUGGGCUGGCUGGGCGUGGACUACAUCUUUCCCGAGUGGGACGUGUGGACGCAGUUCGCCUGCAAUGACAUGGACACGUGCCUGCACACUGACGCCCUGCUGGGCUCUCACCCUGUUGAAGUGCCCAUCAACGACCCCAAGGAGAUCGAGCAGUCCGCCUGCAAUGACAUGGACACGUGCCUGCACACUGACGCCGUGCUGGGCUCUCACCCCGUUGAAGUGCCCAUCAACGACCCCAAGGAGAUCGAGCAG